GCUCUCUGCCCGGGCCGGGGCACCUGAUCCCGGAUAACCUCAGUCUUUCCCCCGCUCGGUGUGGGACUUUUCCCGGAGCUAACAGAGGACCAACACCGGCAGAGGCUCCCCCGCUGCCCUCCCGUCCCUCCAGCAGCUGUGGGGUUUUUAAACACAUUUUAAAGGUUCAAUCGUACAUUUUUCGGAGGAUCUUUCUAAGAAUGAGCUGCUACACAGUGACGCUCCCCGGCCCCGGGCCCUGGGGCUUCAGGCUGCAGGGGGGGAAGGACUUCAACAUGCCCCUCACCAUCUCCAGGAUCACGCAGGGCAGCAAGGCGGCGCAGGGUAACCUGGUGCAGGGCGAUGUAAUCGUAGCCAUCGAUGGCGUCGGCACGGACGGGAUGACCCACCUGGAGGCUCAGAACAAGAUCAAGAUGGCCAACUACAACCUGGCACUCACUAUGACCAAGGCGAAGCGUAGCGCUGCGAUGUCGCUGCCGAGGAUGGACGUUUUUUCCAUAAUUCCUCACCAACAGCCUCAGGUGAACGGCCACCUGUCGGCCUGCAGUGCCUCCUCCGGGCCUGCGGGGGCAGACUCUCCGGGGAGGGGGGCGGCAACGAGCCCCACCCAGAGGAAGCAGUAUAACAACCCCAUCGGCCUGUACUCAGAGGAGACUCUGAGGGAGAUGGCCGCCAUUCAGGCCGGGCUGCCUGUCGGCGCCGGUUUCAACCCUGCCGGCCCCCCCACCCAGAGGCCGAUUGAGGUGACGGCCCCCGGCGGGAAGGCCACCAUCAUCCACGCCCAAUACAACACGCCCAUCAGCAUGUACUCGCAGGACGCCAUCAUGGAUGUGAUCGCCGGGCAGACGCAGGGGAUGGGGCACGACGCCGGCCCUACUGAGCAUGCUCCAGCUUCUGUUGGCUCCGCCCCCGUUGCUAUGGAACCCGCCCCUGCUGAACCUGGCCCCGCCCCCAGCAGCCAAUACAGUCAGCCUCCUGCCAUGCACCAGGCUCCCCAAGGCCCGCCUCCACAGCAGUACCAGCAAAUGCCGCAGCACUACCAGCAGCCAAUGCCACAACAGCAACCUAUGCCACAACAGCAACCAAUGCCACAACAGCAACCAAUGCCACAACAGCAGUACCAACAACCAAUGCAGCAACAAUACCAGCAGCCAAUCCCACAGCAGUAUCAGCAGCCACCAACGCAACAAGCCCCGCCCACUCAGCAGAGCUCAAUUCAGAUCCCUCUUGGCCCCGCCCCUCCCAAAGUGGUCAGCACUGCCUGCAUCUACCCCUCCCAGCCAGCUCCACCACCUGCAGCAGCUCAGCCCUGCCCCCCCGCUGUUGCCCCGCCCCAACCCCCAGCUGCCCCCUCCCCGUCUAACCGCCCGCCCUGGGUGUCCGACACCAACUUCGCCGACAAGUUCGAUCCCAGUAAGAUGACCACCUCCAUGAAGGUGCAGCAGCUGCCCCAGGGCGCCCCUCCUCCACCGGUGUACAUCCCCAACCCCUCCCACUCCUCACCUGCAGCACCAAGCCCCGCCCCCGUCACACCAAGCCCCGCCCCCUUCACACCUGUGGCGAGGGGCGUGGCUCAGAGAGCGGAGAGGUUCGCCGCCAGCAGCCGUACGCCUCUGUGCGGGUCCUGCAACGGAGUCAUCAGGGGCCCCUUCCUGGUGGCCCUUGGCCGCUCCUGGCAUCCGGAGGAGUUUAACUGUCACUACUGCCACAUGUCUCUGGCGGACGCCAGCUUUGUGGAGGAGCAGAACAACGUUUACUGCGAGAACUGCUACGAGGAGUUCUUUGCCCCGACCUGCGCUCGCUGCAGCACCAAGAUCAUGGGGGAAGUGAUGCACGCCCUGCGGCAGACGUGGCACACCACCUGCUUCGUGUGUGCCGCCUGUGGUAAAGCCUUCGGAAACAGCCUCUUCCACAUGGAGGACGGGGAGCCGUACUGCGAGAAAGAUUAUAUCUCGCUCUUCAGCACAAAGUGUCACGGCUGUGACUUCCCGGUUGAAGCUGGAGAUAAAUUCAUCGAGGCUCUGGGUCACACCUGGCACGACACCUGCUUUGUGUGUGCGGUUUGCCACGUGAACCUGGAGGGCCAGCCUUUUUACUCAAAGAAAGACAAACCUCUGUGCAAGAAGCACGCUCACGCCAUCAACGUGUAGACGACCAGCUGGAGGCCACCGCCCGCACGCUGACGGCUUUACUAAUGUGUGUGUAAACGCUCUUCAUGCAAAAUACACUUUGUUUUUUGUGCAUUUAUUUUAAAACUAAGCUGCCUGAAGAUUCAAAACAGAAACAAAAAGAAGGUCAUGUUGUCCAGCCCCCUUUAUUAUGUACUGUAGAGUUUUAUUUUCCUGUUUUCUACCACAAACUACUUGUGUGUUCAAAGUGACAAAGUUCUUAUACGGAGUCUGGUGUGUGCCAAAAUAAAUAAUACAUAUAUUCUCACUGAUAAAUGUAAAAUAUAUACAGGUUACUAAGUUGAUGUAUGCUAAGAAUAAGAUAUUGUUACAUUUAAUAUUGAAAGAAUAAGGAUUAUAAUUUGGAUUCUUUUAUUUAAAGCUUGGAUUUCCCUCCUUUGUGGUUAACAAACGCAAAGAUCAUUUUAAUAUAUAUAUAAAUUAAAAGAAUUUUGGCAAUUCUAAAGACUUUCAUCAUUUAUGUUUUUCUUGUUUUAUUUUCAUUUUACAUCGGAAUUAUAUCAUUAAAUGAUCUGAUUAUUUCAGUGGCUCACUCUGGACUCCUUACACUGGAACUGCACACCUUUCCCAUCAUAUCUCCUACUCUGAAAAUUUGAAGGCUUUUUCCCCACCUAACUAAACUAACAAAAGCAUUUAUAAAUAUUAAUUUAUAUUAUAUAUAUUAUUCGUUCAGCACCUGAAUGUAAAAUAGAAACCACAGACUGUAGAGAAACCGAAAUGUCCUUAAACAGGUUGUUAGAAGUCAGACUGUCCUGACUGCAGCAGCUUCACCUUUGAGGUUAAAUGUUAGGAACAGCAACUAGGAAGACAAACAACAAAACACUAAAAAAGACUAUAAAUAGAUGCAAAACCAUUCAGAACUCCUUUAUCAGAAAUAAUUGAGACAUAAAUGGCUACAAAUAGAUGCAAAAUGACUACAGAGAGAUGACCACAGAAACUCAAGUGACUAAAAAAAGAGACGCAAGACAAAUGCAAAGAUACGACCACAUAGAGACAAAAAAACAACCACAAAGAGAAGCAAAACUAUGAGGUUGAGACACAAAUAGGGAAAAAUAGCAAAUGACAAAUUGGAUUCUUUCAAAACGACCACAGAAACUACAAAAAAACAACUGAAAAAGAUGCAAAAUGACUCCAGAUCGCUGUUUCAGAAACUCUAGAGUCGCCUGUAUGGGAUGUUUUUGGUCCAGAAACAGGGUCGUGCUGUCUGGACUUAUUUACCGCUCUCCUUGUUUUGCUGCUCUCAGUAGUUCCCUGUUCCUGUUCCUGCAGGUGAAACCGCUGCAGAGUCUGAUGAUGUGUAGUUUCUAACCCUUCACGUACAGGAGGUGCUACUCUGCAGCAAAAAACCUUUUAUUUUAAUAUUUAUUAACAGUUCUGAUCGAGUGAUAUUUAUUAAAGAGCUACUGUGUCACCACUGCUGCGUUCAGGGCUCAUCGGUCUGUUUUGUGGAUCACCACGAGGUGAUGGAUUCAUUUCUGUAAUUAUUGUUUGUUUUCCUGGACUGUAAGAGCUCGAAUGUUUAUUACGACGGCUGUUUUCACUACACUGGACGCCUUUAUGACUUUUAUUAUUAUUAUUUAAUCGAUCAUUUUGGCUGUGUUCUUAGAUCCUCAAAUGUCCACACAAAUCAACAACAUAGCGAUGCAUUAAUAACCACACACAUAUGCAAAAUGUGAUUAAUUUCAGUGCUCAAUUCAACACAAGCAGUGUCCUCAAGAAUAUGCAAAAUAAGUCAACCCAACUUUAUUGAAAGCAUUUGAAAACAACAUUGACUGAAGUGCUUGAAAAAUAGAAAGGAUAUUGAUAUAUGGAUAUUAGUGGAGGAAGAAGACCGUAGUAUUGUUGCAAAUUAAAUCCUGCAGUGUACACACACCCUGUGAUUUUAAAGCUGGUGUUUUUACAGUGUGAACGAAGCCUCAGAAACACUGAAUAUGUGAUUUAAUGCAGAAGAGUUUUUUGGUUUGAAGAAAUCUGUGUUUUUCAGAUAAAUGAUAUUGUUACUACGGGGAAAAGUAAAAUAUUCAGCCCCCCUGUAGCGUUUUGUGCCUUCUGUGAUUCAGUCUGUCUGACCGGCACACACACACACACACACACACACACACACACACACACACACACACACACACACACACACACACUCACUCACUCACUCGUGCUGGUGUACAGUUUUUACUUUGAACAUUUUAUACAGUUUGAGUGUUUUUUCAGAGGGUGAAUGUGUGCAUGCAGGACGUCUGUCAGCAUGUGGAACGAGGCAACGUCAGUAUUAGUUUCUGUUGGUGUCACUUUUUAAACUUUACUGGGAGUGUUUGAACUGGUUUUGGAGUCAACGAUGCUGUACGUGAAAUAUUAUGAAUAUUAUUUUAACGUGUUAAAGGAAAGCAAGAAGCUGAAGUGACCGCUUAAGCUGCUGUACUACAUUUGUGUAACUGGUUUUGAAUAUUUGAGGAUUAUUUGUGUUGCAAGUUGAAUAAAAUGAGCACUUCAACCACCUGAAAAUAUACGUUUAUUUCCUCUAUUUCUGAUUUUACUUUGUCCUGCAUCAUCUUUGAGUUGAUUUGACAGGAUUUUCUGCUUGAUUUUGUAUUGAGGAAAAAGAAAAGACUUAAAUAUAAAGAACUAAAUGUAUAAAUAAAUACAGGAAUAUAUGAUAAACAUUUCUGUAAAAAAUAAAUAUCUUCAUAAAAA